AUGACUCCUAAGCUUCCUCAGGCUCUCCAACUCACACUAGCCCUGAUCAAGCCUGAUGCAGUUGCCCACCCACUGAUCCUGGAGUGGCCGAUCCGAGCCUACAUCUUGCCCACAAAGAUGCACAUCCAACUUUGGAGGACACUGAUGGGACCCACCAGAGUAUUUCGAGCACGCCAAUAUAGCCCCAGAUUCAAUUGCCACAGACUCUGUGGUUUCCACAGCAGAGAGAUUGCAGCCUUCUUCCCUGACUUCAGUGAACAGCACUGGCAUGAGAGGAAACCCCAGCUAUUGGCUGUGGUCCUGUGCACUACGACCAGAGGAAGGCAUCCCUGUGGCGCUGAAACAGGAGGGCCCAAACCAGCCUGA